UUCUUUCAGUCUCGAACGUGUGCUGUGCCCUCAUGAUGCCACGGCGCUCUCUAAUCCGCUCUCCGCGGCGCACAUGCUCAGUACCGAUCACUGUGGCAAUCUGUAAUGGCUGCGGGAUGAUGUGAUACGAGUCCCGGUGCCGCGCCGCGUCUCUUCGGUAGGAAUGCCAUUUCCCUGAGACCGCCAACCACUCCAUUCAUUCCUCCGUCAACAUGGUUGACAUCCGACAGAAGAAUAAAGGUCGGACAUCGUAGUCGCGAGCACUUGCUAGAGUCAUAAUCGUCUUUUCUUGUGCAUAUAGGGCUUGUCUCAGACAACACCUUUUUUACUGACUGACAGUCAUGAACCUCUCUCUCUAUCUCUGUGGCUCUCUAUCUCGUAUCAGUGCAGUGCUGGUGUGUGAUAGUGCCAGUGAAUUGCGUGUGGUUGGCGGUAGUCAGGAGUGAUGGCUGUGAAGGAGCGGGUGGAGGCGGUGCUGAAUGUGGGCCUGCGGGUCCCCAGUAUCAUGUUACUAGAGGUGCUGUACCGCUGGGAUGUCAGCUCCUUCUUCCAGAAGAUCCAGAGAAGCAGCCUCAACAACAACCCCCUCUUUCAGUACAAGUACCUGGCCCUCUACCUUCACUAUGUGGGCUACAUUCUGAGUCUGGUUCUGCUCACCCUGCCCCGACAGCACCUGGUGCAGCUCUACCUGUAUGUGCUCACUGCUCUGCUGCUGUUCGCUGGUCACCAGAUCUCAAGGGACUAUGUGCGCAGUGAACUGGAGUCAGGCUAUGAGGGCCCGCUGUACCUGGAGCCUCUGUCCAUCAACCGCUUCACUACUGCGCUCAUCUGCCAGCUGGUGGUGUGUACCUUGUGCUCCUGUGUGAUGCAGACCAAGCGCAUUUGGCUGUUCUCAGCGCACUUGCUCCCCCUGGUGGCCAGGCUGUGCCUAGUUCCUUUGGAGACCAUCGUUUUCGUUAAUCGCUUUGCCAUGAUUUUCACAGGCCUGGAAGUCAUCUACUUUUUGGCCUCUAACCUGCUGGUGCCAUUUAAUCUGGCCAAGACAGCGUACCGGGAGCUUGCACAGGUGGUGGAGGUUUAUGGGUUGCUGGCUCUCGGUAUGUCUCUGUGGAAUCAGUUGGUUCUGCCCGUGUUGUUCAUGUGUUUCUGGCUGGUUCUGUUUGCUCUGCAAAUCUACACAUACUUCAGCACACGGGACCAGCCCACAUCUAGAGAGAGGCUGCUUUUCCUUUUUCUCACCAGUAUUGCAGAGUGCUGUUGUACUCCGUACUCUCUGCUGGGCCUGGUCUUCACCGUUUCAUUCGUUGCUUUGGGUGUUCUCACUCUUUGCAAGUUCUACUUGCAGGGCUACAGGGCUUUCAUGAAUGACAACACCAUGCACAGGGGCAUGACGGAGGGAAUCACUCUUCUGAUCCUCGCUGUUCAGACUGGACUGAUCGAGCUACAGGUCAUCCACAGAGCCUUCCUCCUCAGCAUCAUCCUCUUCAUUGUGGUGGCCUCUAUCCUGCAGUCUAUGCUGGAGAUAGCUGAUCCCAUAGUGCUGGCGCUGGGAGCCUCCAGAGACAAGAGUUUAUGGAAACACUUUCGUGCGGUUAGCUUGUGCUUGUUCCUGCUGGUGUUCCCAGCAUACAUGUCCUACAUGAUCUGUCAGUUCUUCCACAUGGACUUCUGGCUGCUGAUCAUCAUCUCCUCCAGUAUCUUGACCUCAUUACAGGUGCUGGGCACGCUGCUGAUCUACGUGCUCUUCAUGGUGGAGGAGCUCCGCAAGGCUCCGGUGGAGAACAUGGAUGAUGUCAUCUACUGGGUGAACGGCACCUACAGGCUGCUGGAGUUCCUGGUUGCGCUGUGCGUGGUGGCGUACGGCGUGUCAGAGACAGUGUUUGGGGAGUGGACUGUGAUGGGCUCCACCAUCGUACUCAUCCAUUCUUACUAUAAUGUGUGGCUGAGGGCCCAGCUGGGCUGGCAGAGUUUCCUGCUCCGCAGAGAUGCUGUCAACAAGAUCAAGAGCCUGCCUACAGCUUCUCACCAACAACUCCAGCAGCACAAUGACAUCUGUUCCAUCUGCUACCAGGACAUGACGUCAGCUGUUAUCACCCCCUGCAGUCACCUCUUCCAUGCUGGCUGCUUGAAGAAGUGGUUGUAUGUACAGGAGACCUGCCCUCUUUGCCACAACCAGCUGAAAGGCUCAUUACAACCCGGCUCUUCAACACAGGACGCCCCGCCACAAGAGCACCCAAUACAGCCAGCAGGUGAUCUGGACCCUUCACAGCAUCCAGAGUCAGAUUCAACCCUCCAGGUUCCCCAGCAAGACGACACCACUCUCGCUUCAGCGUCAGACCUCACGGCUGGGCUAAAAGACGACGGUGACACUCCUGCCUGCUCCUCCCAAUCCUAAAACCUGCCUUGAGCCAAACCCAACUCCACACACUGCUGGCCAAAAGACAGUGUUACAGCAGAGGGUCUGAUGGGAAACCGUCAGCCCUCUCUGUACACUUGGAAUGCUCCUAAGACAUCUAUACAAUCUAAAUCCUUCUACCGUCCCCCUCUCAUCCAGAAAAUCACAGAAUCCAGAGCUCAGAAAGCUUAUCUGAGGUGAAAAGAAUCAUUUCACCCCUUCCACAUCUGGAUCUACUAAAACACCAGCUCUUCCCCACCCUUUAUUACGAAACUACAAUCUCCAGCGAACACCAACCUGAAUGUGAUCAUGUGACCCUUCAAUAUAGUGCUGUGAUGCUCUGUAGGCACUUAGCACAUAUCCACUAGCACGCUCUCAGUAUCCAAUAGCAGUAGCCCAUCUUUUUUCUGUUCUCUAUUUGUUUUAUUGAGAGAAAAUAUAUAUACAUAUAUGCCACUGCAUUUGCACUAAUGUAACAUAAAGCAAUGCUCCAAAGUUCGUCUUGUCUGAUACCAAAUAUUUUGGUGUGUAUGCAUUGAAUCAAGUUAUAUAUGAAAUAUAUACCCAUGUACAAAUAUAUCUGUAAAGGAGUUUUGAUAUGCAAAAGUACAGUGUUAAGCAGCAUCGAGUGUCAUGAAGCGGCCUCAGGCUUAUAUGAACGCUGCGCCUCUAGCGACCUCUAGUGGCUGUAGUGGGAAGUGCCUUUGGCUGUGGAUAAACACUAUGACCGUUUAGAAGAGUCAAUUUCAUACUCAUCAGUAUUUGGCAUUUAGCGCAUUUGUGAAUAUGAAUACAUUCGAGAAUGUAUGAGCACACUUUGCCAAUGCCGUUUUUUUUUUACUAAGUGUUUAAGUUAAUAUAGUUAAUAUUGUUUGUUAAACGAAUGGCGUUUGGCUUGUGGGAUUUUAAAUCUCCAAAAAAGGUUACUUUUAUCUAAACCACCAGAUUUUCUUUUUUUAUUAUUAAAAAAAGCUGUUACAGCUAUUUUCCAUUUAAAAGCAAAUCUGAAUGAGAAUGGAGAGUAUAAUUCUAAUAGCAUUCUGAAUUUAUCUACUUUUUUUUUUACAAAGCAUAAAUGUGGAAUGAUGUUCUGUGAAGGCUAACUUUGUUUGAAUUGCAGCUGAAUUCAGUAAAAUAUGCCUGAAGUCUGAACGUGAACCUGAAUGUCAGAAUAAAUCCAAACCUAAAGUAUGAAAUAUUUGUCU